AUGAGGUAUCAUAGUACAGCAGCAGCUACUCAAUUGUUGAUCACUAGUAUGGUUGAGAUUGCUAGUCAAUCUGUUAGACCUACUUCAGGUGCAUUAAGCGACAUUCAUAGGAUUGUUAUUGAUAUUUUGCAUGUUAUUGGAGAGGAACAUCGCAUACCUUCAAUCCGUCAAUCGCCUACAUCAUCAUAUCCAUCCAUGAGACCACUUGUGUCAGCUGCUACAGUUAGGAUGCUGCCUAUUCGAAGUCAAGGGAGAGGUAGUAGGCGAGAUGGUGAGCGAGUUGGUCGACAGCCUCGACGAUCUAUGCAUCCACCCGAGACCAUGUUAGCACCAUCCACAUUAUUUACCCCAUUUGCACCUAAGGCUUCCACACUUCCCCCUUCACCCCUACCAUCACCUUCACCUAUACCUUCUCCUUUAGAGCAUGUCGUGUCAAAUACCACUCUACCAUCACCUGUAUUUCCUCCCACAAAAGCAGUUAUACCUAAUGUCACUACACCAGAGACUACCCUACUAUCUAUUGAUCUACCAUCACCUCUACCUUCUCUCAAGAAGACCACUAUACCACAUGUCACUUCACCAUCAUCACUUAUAUCUCAUCUUCUCGAGUCCACCAUAUCAGAUGUUAUUGCACCAGCUACCACUACAGUAGAUGUCAUUCUUCCAUUUUAG